AUAUAUUAGUAUUUUUUAUCGGAGGAAGGAGGAAGAAGAGAAACAGUAGAGUCUUUGCUAUCCGCCAUUGACUUCCCCUCCCGUCUUGGUCAAUAUUCUUCAUGGUAUUUCUAUAAAUACAAUAAUAAUCAAUGAGAUUCGCCUCCAGUUCCCUACCCUGCUCUUUGUGUGCGUGCAUGCAAUUGUUCUUCGCAUCCUCCCCCUUUUUCAGUUAUCAAUUAACUAGUCAUACAGCUUGCGUGUGAGUGUGUGUGUGCGUGUGUUUUGAUUAUUGGCAGCGGGAGAAUUAAUUGGAUUGGCGGUAUAAAUGUUUGGAUGGAGCAUGCAGAGAAUGCGAGAGGCGAUAGUGUUGGUGGUGUUCGCGAUAUGCUCCAAGGCGGCGACUGCGAGCGCGUGGUGGCGGAGCGAGACGGAGGAGGCGGCGGGGUACUGCCUGAGCUGGCGGAUGGCGGUGGAGGCGAACAACAUAAGAGCAUGGCGGACGGUCCCCGCGGAGUGCUCGGGACACGUGGAGGCGUACAUGAUGGGCGGCCAAUACGAGCGGGAUCUGAGCGUGAUCGUCGACAGCAUCUGCAGCUACAUUGACUCCAUAACUCUCUCCGGCGACGGCCUCGACGCUUGGAUCCUUGACGUCGACGACACCUGCAUUUCCAACCUCUUGUACUACAGAGGGAGGCGCUACGGGUGCGAUCCGUUCGAUCCAGUAGGGUUCAAGGCAUGGGCGUUGAGCGGGCGGUGCUCUGCGAUUCCAGAUGUGCUGAGAGUGUUCGUGAAAUUGAUCGCGACAGGGUUCAAGGUGUUCCUGGUUACGGGCAGGGAUGAAGAGACGCUGGGGCAGGCCACCAUUCGCAAUCUGCACAACCAAGGUUUCUUCGCCUACCACCGUCUCAUUUUAAGGAGUGGUGCGUAUAAGGGGCAAAGCGCGAUACUAUACAAGUCUACAGUUAGGAAGCAGCUGGCAGAAGAAGGGUACAGAAUAUGGGGGAAUGUGGGAGAUCAGUGGAGUGAUCUUCAAGGAGAGUAUACAGGCAAUCGCACCUUCAAGCUUCCUAAUCCCAUGUACUUUAUCCCUUGAUUAAUUAAUCAUAUCUAUGUAAUAAACUCAAAACACCAUUUUUGCACUUAAAUUAAAUGAGUGCCAAUAUAUAUAUAUAUCAUCAGCAAAAGACUAGGAGAGAGAGAGCCUCUUACUCCUUCUAGAAAUUUUGGGUUCA